GAAAGGCCUUUGAACAGUCUUGUGUGGCCCAAACACGACUGAUGGAAAGAAUACUAGCCUGGCUGAUCGUGAAAACAAGAGCUGGAGUUCCACACUCAAGUAAGGGCCGAGCGUGCAUCCUCUUUGGGAAAGGAACGCGUCAGUGUAUCUGGUAGGAGGGAAGACCAUGAAGCCUUCCCGAAGCGCAGGACAAUCGGAGCCGGUCUAGCCGCGCAGCCAAGUUCCUGUUCCAGGCGUGGUCGCUGGCAGGCGGCACCCGCGGCUUACGGUGCGGCUGUAGCGAAAAGCGCCAAGCAGCGGAUUUUUGGUCUCGGAGGAAGGCGCUGAGCGGUCGCUACGAGGAGCAAAAUGCUGUCGCGCAGAUGGUUUUCAUUAAGCAAGGCCCAUACUUUCCUGAUUAGGAUGCUGACUUCAUCCAGCAGUGGAUCCCAGGUUUUUCAGAACAUGGAAGAAGGACAUUUCCCCAUUCAUGUGCAUAAUGUGCGAAGUAGAUUGAGAGAGAUAGUGGGAGCAUCUACCAAUUGGAGAGACCAUGUGCAAGCAAUGAAUGAAAGAAAAGCAUUACAUACACUCCUUGCUAAAACCCAAGCUGACCUGCCCCCUAGGAAAAUGAAAGACAGUUAUAUAGAAGUCAUCUUGCCUUUAGGAAGUCAGCCUGAAAUAAGAGAAAAAUAUCUCAAUUUGCAAAACACUGUUAGGUUUGGUCGAAUUCUUGAAGACCUUGACAGCUUAGGAGUCCUUAUUUGUUAUACUCACACAAAACAUGAAGCUACUCUGAGAUCUCCUUUGUCAAUUGUUACAGCACUUGUGGAUAAAAUUGGUUUAUGGAAGCAGCACAUUCAUCCGGAUUGUGAUAUCAAGUUCACUGGGAAUGUUUCAUGGGUAGGGAAUACUUCAAUGGAAGUGAAGAUACACAUGCUUCAGUUGCUUGAUGGAAUCUAUUGCCCUACGUUAGAUGCAACUUUUGUCAUGGUGGCCCGUGAUCCAGAAAAUAAAAGACCAGCUUUUGUGAAUCCAUUAGUUGCUGAAACCCCAGAGGAGGAAGAAAUCUUCAAGGAAGGAGAAAAGAACAAGAUCAGGCGGCUUGAAUCUAGUAAGGCUUCUUUAUUGAAAGUUGCGCCCACUGCAGAUGAAAGAAAUAUUAUCCACAACAUAUUCUUGAAUACUCUGGAUUCAAGGACAAUGAGUUUUCGUAGUCGUGUAUUGCCACCCAAUUCAGUGUGGAUGGAAGACACAGCAUUAAAGAGUUUGGAGAUCUGCCAUCCGCAAGAACGUAACAUUUUCAACAGAAUCUUUGGAGGCUUUCUCAUGAGAAAAGCAUAUGAACUUGGAUGGGCUACUGCCUACAGCUAUGGAAACUCCAGACCUUAUGUGGUAGCUGUAGAUGAUAUUAUGUUUCAAAAACCAGUUGACAUUGGAUCCUUACUAUUACUUUCUUCCAAGGUAUGUUAUACUGAAAAAAAUAACAUCCAGGUUCGGGUGCACAGUGAAGUUUAUGAUCCAAAUACCAGGGUACACCACACAACCAAUGUCUUCCAUUUCACAUUUAUGUUAGAGAAGGAAAUACCAGAUGUUUUUCCCAAGACAUAUGGUGAAUCUAUGUUGUAUUUGGAUGGAAAACGGCAUUUUGAUUCAUCUAUGAAAGAAUACAUAAUAUAGUAUCAGCACAGAAUUAUAGCAAAAUGCUACCUUUGGAUGGCCUUGGAAACUUCAAACACAGUGGUUAUCAGAAGGAACUGAGAAGUACUUUUACUCCAAAC